AUGGAAAUAUGGAACCAUUCUAUCUCAGGUAUCCCAAUUAGCCCGGGCAAAUUACCCGCUAUCCAAUACUCGAACCUGUACUCGAACUACCCAAUUUCAAUUUUGGAUAGUGAUUCUAGAUACCCGAAAUUAGUUCGAAAAAUUCAGAAACAUUUGGAGAACCAUACCCAACAAAAUAAGCACUGGUAUUUCAUCCUUUGUCUCGAUAUUCCAAUAAUGUGGAAACUCAAUCCCUUUGGGGGCAAAGCACAGAGUGGGCUGGAUGGUCGCACUAUUGAUGUCGGAAGUGUGAAGAUCACAGUACGAAAUGCCAUUGCACAAGGAGGUUUCUCUUGUGUAUAUUUGGCAUGCGACACAGUACAUCCAUCAAAGAUGUAUGCAUUGAAGCACAUUAUUUGCAAUGACUCAGAAUCGCUUGAUCUUGUCAUGAAGGAGAUCCAGGUUAUGAACCUCCUCAAAGGGCAUCCAAAUGUGGUCACACUUGUUGCCCAUGAUGUUUUAGACAUGGGCCGCACAAAGGAGGCACUUCUUGUAAUGGAGUUCUGUGAGAAGUCCUUGGUGAGUGCAAUGGAGAGCAGAGGUAGUGGUUACUAUGAGGAGAAGAAGGUGCUUUUAAUUUUCAGAGAUGUCUGCAAUGCUGUCUUUGCCAUGCAUGGACAAUCACCGCCAAUUGCACAUAGGGAUCUGAAAGCUGAAAAUGUUCUUCUUGGAUUGGACGGUGCAUGGAAAAUAUGUGAUUUUGGAAGCACAUCAACUAAUCAUAAAUGCUUUAACAAACCAGAGGAGAUGGGCAUUGAGGAAGAUGUCAUCAGGAAGCAUACAACCCCAGCCUACAGGGCCCCAGAGAUGUGGGAUCUCUACAGAAGAGAAGUUAUUAGCGAAAAAGUUGACAUUUGGGCCUUGGGGUGCCUUCUAUAUAGAAUAUGCUACUUCAAGUCUGCAUUUGACGGAGAAUCCAAGCUGCAGGUACUCAAUGGCAAUUACCGUAUCCCUGAGCAACCCAAGUAUAGCACUGCUGUCACAGGGUUGAUCAAAGAUAUGCUGGAAGCCUCUCCAAAUGCCAGACCAGACAUCACGCAGGUUUGGUUUUGUGUUAAUGAGCUACUGCCGCUUGAGUUACAGAAGAGGUUACCUGAUGGACCUUCACCAGCCGUUUCCUUGAGUUUGCAAGAUGAAGGUGCUCAUAAAAGAACACCUGUGAUGCCUAGAAGGAACCCUCCUCCACCUCCAAGAGAGCAAUCUAAUAGUUCUUUAUCACAUGGAAGCUCAAAGGCAGGAGAUGCACCUUUAGGUGCAUUUUGGGCGACGCAGCACGCACAAGGUGCUCAAGCUGCAGAUAAUAGGAACCCUUUGUUUGACGAGGAGCCAAUUAAGACAUCACUGUCAUCAAAGCAGAACCAAAGCUGGGUGGACACCAACAUCAGUAUCCCUGGCGAUAGGCAUGGUCAUUCUGGUCAGAUGUCACGAACAAGUAAAGCACAAAGUAACUCCUUGUCCAAUAAUGGUUUCAGAGGUCUCUCUGACACGGAGAUACAAAAUCCUGGGAAAAUUAAAGCACAACAACCUCAACCCAAGCCAAAAUGCGAGAAGGAUCCAUUCAACAGCUUUGUUGCAGAUUUUGACACUCACAAUCUCAACAUUGCCGUUGGUAAGGCAUCCGAACUUGAACUUGAAGUGUCCAGUCUGAAGGAGCAGUUGAAGAAAACCACAUUAGAAAAGGCUGAGAUGACAGCCAAGUAUGAAAAGUUAUCUGCAAUCUGUCGAUCACAGCGUCAGGAGAUCCAAGAGCUGAAGCGCACUCUUGCUGAGGCAACGCCUCCCUCAAACAAAGUCAGCUCAAGGACACAAGACUCUGGAUCUCAGCGAAAGGAAAAGAUCCAAGGAACUGUGUGGGAGCUUGAACAAGGGAUGCUUGCUAGCAACUCCUCAUCAGCCAGUUCUGAUGCCAAAACAUGGCAGGCUUUCCCUGACACAAAGAUUCAGGCCCGACCAAAGGUCGAUCAUGCAACUAAUGGGAGCCAAAACAUAACCAAGAACACAACAUCAGGUGCUUCCCCUGAUGCGUGGGGUUUUGGUUCUGAUAAUUUCAGAACAUCAGCAGCAGCAGUAAGCGCUGCUACACAGAUCAACAGGGCCGCUGCCCAAGGGAGCUCAUCCCAAAGAUUUAAUGCUGGUGUGGCCAAGAAGGUAGAGCAGCCAUCUGGAUGGGCUGGUUUUUAA